UGUAGCAAAUUCCUUGGCAGAGCCAUUAGAUGAACAGCUUACCCAUGGAUUCCAGUGAAAUGCAGCCCGGAAAAGAAGACCUCUAAACAGAAAGUUUACCCUGGCUCUGUUUACCUACACCAACCCCUUGGGGAGUGUAUCUGUUUGGAUUCUUCAUCAUCAUGAAAAUUUCUUCUAAUUCUUUGGUUACUCUAAAUGAUCAGAAGAAAAGAUGAAACCCUGAGACAUCAGUUUAUAUAUAGAAAGCUUUGAAACAAAAGAAAGGAACCCUGCCCAACUUCACAUUUUAAAACAUCGAGACCAUAUGAAAGACCUCCGAAGGUACCUGGUGUUCAAAUACAUCCAAUAUCUAGUCUUACCUUCUCCAAACGCCAUCAUCACCCUACUGGGAUUGCUCGCUAGUCUGUAUGUCAUGCUGAUACUGACAUUUCCUUCUGUAUCCAGAAAAUCCACUGUGGUGUUUAUUAGUAACAUAGCUCAGGCAGACAUUUUAGUUGGCUGUAGCAUUUUUUCUACCCUCACAGAAGGUGUGACAAAUAGUGAAACAUUUUUAGCUUCUUUUCAAUCUGCCUUGAGGCAGAACUUUCAAAUUGCAAAUGUACAUGCCAGUUCCCUUUUACUCAGCUGUGUUAGCCUAGAGGCUUUUCUGAUUACGUUUCUUCCAGUAGAGACUCGCCACAUAAGGAAUGUUAGAUGUGCCAGAGUAGCUUCUAAGAUCAUCUGGGCUGCUGUAAUUACUGAGUGUUUCCUUUAUCAGCUUGAGGGCAUCAAAGGCUUUAACGUUUCUUAUCUUGGCAUUCAUAGGCAAGUUCAGCUAUUGGUGAAUUUUUGUUAUGACACCACAGCAUUGUUGAAAUUACUUGUUUACCCGACUGGAGUUCUUUUAAGAAUCUUCAAUGUUUAUCUUUUUUAUAAAAUAUAUUUCAGGGACUGCUAUAUUUAGUUUCUAGGAAUGUGAGAUCUGGUGCCCAGUUGUUUUGUCAAACACUCAUGUUUAAUGGUGCUGUGGAGACAUUUUAUAGAUACAAUUAACUUGUAAUUUGCUACUAUUAAGAAAAAGAGACUAACAUCAGUAGUGAAAAUGGACUUCAUCUAAUCAACUGAAGGCCUUGAGAGCAAAACACAGGUUUUCCAGGAAAAGAAAUACUACCCGAAGACUGGUAACUUGAGGUUCGAAGUUUUUGUCUGCACUGCACAUUUCAGACUCAAGACUACAGCACCUGUGUUCCUGACUUUCCAGCUCUGUGGCCCACUGCCACAAAGUUUGAACUUUCUACCUCUGAAAAAUCAUCUAAGACGGCUAACUUAAAAGAAAGAGAAGCCACAACCUGCUCAGUCUGUGUAAUAACACUUGUAUGUAUGUCUUCAGGACUGAUCACUUGGGAUUGGAUAACCAAUUGAUGCUUUUCCCUGGGGAAGACAUUUUCUCUUGCUCUCAGCUUUCCUUAGUUGCCUGUAGUUAUUUUCCUAGGGUUGAGGCCUUGUGAGCUUUUCCUCUCCAUGUUAGCCUGUCUGUUGGCAUUGUCUUUGUUCAGGUCCUGUUUAGGCAGUCAUCUUGGUGAGACUUCAUGGAUGUAGCUUCUGACAUUACUAGGAGAGAAAGUCUCAUAGAAAACUCCCUUAUCUACCAGCUCUUAGAAUCUUUCCACCCUCUCUUCUGCAUUUACAAUUGAUGACAAAGAGGCCAGGAAUUGAAAGAGAGCAAGGAGGGGUAGAUAUAUGGGGUGGUUUGGAGGGAGAAA